AUGCCAGUUACCCACAAAGCCGCUCUGUACAAAGAAAAGUUUGGACCAUUUGUUGUGGAAGAAGUUCAAACCUACAAACCCGGUCCUGGAGAGAUUUUAAUCAAGAUACAUGCAACCUCCCUGAACCCCGUCGACUGGAAAAUUCACAAGACUGGGGUCUUCGGCGUGUGGUUAGAAAACUAUCCUGCUAUUGUUGGGACAGAUAUUGCUGGUGAUGUCGAAGAAGUUGGGGAGGGUGUUUCCGAGUUCAAACGAGGAGACAAGGUAUUUUGUCAAGGAAAGCUUGAGAAUGAUGGAAGUAGCUUCCAGCAAUACACCGUCGCUCUGGCUGCCACGGCUGCUCGAAUCCCUCACAACCUCUCGUACGACGAGGUUGCGGCCCUCCCUGUUGUUCUCAGUUGCUCAUGGGUUGCACUGUACAACAAAGUCCCCCAUGGCCUAGGCAUUACUCCUCCCACAACCAAGAAAACGCAGGGACUAUAUGCAGGUACACCAAUCCUCAUCCUUGGCGGAGCAACGUCGGUUGGGCAGCUCGCCAUACAAUUUGCGAAGCUAUCUGGCUUCUCGCCAAUCAUUGCUACAGCGUCAUUGAAGCACAGCGAUCACCUUAAAUCCCUCGGAGCAACACACGUGCUGGACCGUAGUCUUCCGACAGAGACGCUCGUCGAGCAAAGCCGCCAGAUCACUGACAAGCCGAUCAAAUACGUAUUUGACACUGUAUCGGCAGAGAGCACACAGAAAACUGGAAUUGCUAUUCUCGCGACUGGUGGAAAUAUGGCAGUUGUCCUUCCCCCUGCCGUCGAAGUACCGGAAGGGAAGAACAUCAUAGUUGCAAUUGGCUUGUUGCGAUUCCCAUCAAAUAUCGAACUGCUCGAAAACCUUUACCAUGAUACUAUCACAGGGAUACUCGAGCAAGGCCUAAUUAAGCCUAACAAGAUUGAAGUCCUUCCCAAUGGGCUGGAGGGUAUUGCUGAAGGAAUGGCCAGAAUGGAGGCAGAUACCAUCUCUGGUCUGAAACUUGUUGCCCAUCCUCAGGAAACAGCUUAA